UGUGUGUCAGUGUACAGUGUGUGUGUGUGUGUGGAGGGGGAGAGGCAGGCAGCAGGCUCAGGCUGGGAGAAAUUGACGGGGAGGGAAGGCAGGCAGAGCGCGGUUCGGUCUCUGUGGCCCGCUGUCCUCUAGUCCUCGAUGCCUGGGAACACUCACCGCCCCCCGGAGAGAGGAGCACACCGAGGCUCGGGCGCCUCCGCCGGCUGCGGGUUCCUGCUAACGCCGAGAGAGAUGGACGCGAUCCAGAUGUCACAGAGACGGAUGUGAACUAAACGCCAACCCACCAAGCUAAAAACCUUCAGAACCAGCGGCCCGGUCAGCCGUAACAUUUUCUCAACCCCUGAUCACACAGGCCUGUCUCAGUGUCCGUUUCUGCUCACCCACUGAUAUAAAUGAGUGACCCAGCAGGAGAGGUCCGGGCUGGGGUGCACGCCAGAACCCACACAGAAUGUCCUGGUUCAACGGCUUCCUAGUGCCCAGAGUGGACGAUCGCAAGACCGCGUGGGGCGAGCGCAAUGGCAAGAAGUCCAAGCGCAAGGGCGGCUCCUCGCUCUGCAACCCGCGCUACAUGAGCUGCCUGCGGGACGUAGAGGCCAUGGAGCCCCCUCCGCAGCCAGCCCACCUGCAGCCCCAGUGGGCCGGAGCAGGGAGCGGAGGAGGGGGCGGCAACUUCGGCAUGCGCUGUGGCUGGCAGGAGGACCACUACGGCAAGCGGGGGGGCGGGGGGGAGAGCGUGGGGCUCAAAUCUGUGGACCUGGGCUUCGAAGACGGUGACGCCAAAGGCCAGAAAGGCGAGGGCCUGGGGCGCAACGGCUCGGCAGAUGACCUCGCCGGCGGCGGCUCGCUGACGGCAGCAGAGUGCUGGCAGCGUGUGGUACGCGUCUUCCAGUCCAAGAAGUUUCAGUCCCGCAAACUGGAGCGCCUCUACCAGCGCUACUUCUUCAGACUCAACCAGAGCUCACUGACCAUGCUGAUGGGCGUACUGGUCAUCGUCUGUGGCGUCAUGCUGACCUUUCACUGCGUGCACGCCAAACCCGACGUCGCCUACGCCUCUGCGCUGUCUGUGGCCAUGGCCCUCUUUCUGGGCCUCAUGGUGGUGUGCAACCGCAAUGGCUUCCACCAGGACUACAUGUGGAUGGUAAGCUACUUGGUGAUAGGCAUGCUGAUCGCUGUGCAGGUGUUCGGGGUGCUGAUGGUGGCUCCUCGGAGCGCCUCGGAGGGCAUCUGGUGGUCUGUCUUCUUCAUCUACAUCAUCUACACGCUGCUGCCGGUCCGCAUGCGGGCGGCCGUGCUCAGCGGAGGGGUGCUGUCCACCAUUCACCUGCUCACUUCGUGGAAGUUCAACCAGGAGGAUGAGUUCCUGUGGAAACAGCUGAGCGCGAACGUGCUGAUCUUCCUGUGCACCAACAUCAUCGGGAUCUGCACGCACUACCCGGCAGAGGUCUCGCAGAGACAGGCCUUCCAGGAGACCCGUGGCUACAUCCAAGCCCGGCUUCACCUACAGAGAGAGAACCAGCAGCAGGAACGCCUGUUGCUGUCCGUGUUGCCGAGGCACGUUGCCAUGGAGAUGAAGGCUGACAUCAACGCUAAGAAAGAAGACAUGAUGUUCCACAAGAUCUAUAUCCAGAAGCACGACAACGUCAGUAUUCUGUUUGCAGACAUCGAGGGUUUCACCAGCCUGGCCUCCCAGUGCACUGCUCAGGAGCUGGUGAUGACUCUGAAUGAACUAUUUGCCCGCUUUGACAAGUUAGCCUCGGAGAACCACUGCUUGCGGAUUAAGAUCCUGGGGGACUGCUACUACUGUGUGUCUGGCCUGCCAGAGCCUCGAGCGGACCAUGCGCACUGCUGUGUGGAGAUGGGAGUGGACAUGAUCGAAGCCAUCUCGCUUGUGCGAGAGGUUACAGGGGUGAAUGUAAACAUGCGGGUGGGCAUCCACAGCGGCCGUGUGCACUGCGGGGUUCUGGGAUUGAGGAAGUGGCAGUUUGACGUGUGGUCUAAUGAUGUCACCUUGGCCAAUCACAUGGAGGCUGGAGGCAAAGCAGGGAGGAUCCACAUUACCAAAGCCACUCUACAGUACCUGAAUGGGGACUAUGAGGUGGAGCCUGGUUUUGGAGGAGAGCGAAAUGCCUACCUGAAAGAGAACAGCAUCGAGACAUUCCUGGUGUUGGGCUGCAGUCAGAAACGGAAAGAGGAGAAAGCGAUGAUGGCGAAGAUGCAGCGUGCCCGGGCGAACUCCAGUGAGGCCCUGAUGCCUCGCUGGGUGCCUGACCGAUCCUUCUCCAGGACCAAGGACUCCAAAGUCUUCCGACAGAUGGGUAUUGAUGAAACAUCCAGCAAAGACAACCGUGGUGCACAGGAGGCCAUGAACCCAGAGGAUGAGGUGGACGAGUUUUUGGGGCGAGCCAUUGAUGCUCGGAGCAUCGACCAGCUGCGUAAAGAUCACGUGAAGAAAUUCCUCCUCACUUUCCAGACGUCCAGCCUGGAGAAAAAGUAUGCCAAGAAGGUGGACGACCGGUUUGGAGGUUACGUGGCGUGCACUGUGCUCGUCUUCUGCUUCAUCUCCUUCAUCCAGAUCGUCAUCUUCCCUCAUACUCCUGUAAUGUUGGGGAUUUACAUCAGUAUCUUUAUCAUCCUCGCCAAUAUCCUCUUCAUCUGCGCCAUUUACUCCUGUGUGAAGCUCUUCCCUGCUGCCAUGCAAACUGUGUCCAAGAAGAUUGUUCAGUCUCGCACCAACAGCACCCUGGUGGGCGUCUUCACCAUCAUCCUCGUCUUUAUCUCGGCCUUUGUCAAUAUGUUUGCCUGUGAUACGGAGAGGCUGGUGGACUGUGUAGCCCGACAGCUGAACUCCUCGGCAGACUCAGUGACUCCCUGUAUUAUCUACAACCUCUCUCGCCUGGCUGAGGACGGACUGGACAUCUGCCCCAGCAACACACCAUCCUGCCCCUUUCCUGAGUAUUUCAGCUACAGUGUGCUGCUGACCCUCCUGGCCUGCUCAGUGUUCCUGCAGAUCAGCAGUAUAGGGAAACUGGCGCUCAUGCUGCUCAUCCAGCUCACCUACCUGCUGCUUGUGGAGUGGCCAGAGGUGGCGCUGUUCGACAACGCUGACCUCUUUGUCACCUCCAAUGCCCUACAACUUAAUGAAACUGAGAGGUUGAGGUUCAAUGAAACUACUGACCAGUGUCCUUACACUGUGACCAAAGUGUCCCUAAAGGUCAUGACCCCAGUGAUCCUCACCGUUUUUGUCCUGGCGCUGUAUCUCCAUGCGCAGCAGGUGGAGUCCACAGCCCGCCUUGACUUCCUCUGGAAGCUCCAGGCGACAGAGGAGAAGGAGGAGAUGGAGGAGCUGCAGGCGUAUAACCGCCGCCUCCUCCACAACAUCCUUCCCAAAGACGUGGCGGCGCACUUCCUGGCUCGCGAGCGCAGGAAUGACGAGCUGUACUAUCAGUCGUGCGAGUGCGUGGCAGUCAUGUUCGCCUCCAUCAGCAACUUCUCAGAGUUCUACGUGGAGCUGGAGGCCAACAACGAAGGUGUGGAGUGCCUGCGGCUGCUCAACGAAAUCAUCGCUGACUUCGACGAGAUCAUCAGUGAAGAGAAAUACAGGCAGCUGGAGAAGAUUAAGACCAUAGGCAGCACCUACAUGGCAGCUUCAGGCCUCAACGAUUCCACCUACGACAAGGAAGGCCGUAGUCACAUCACGGCGCUGGCCGACUACGCCAUGAGGCUCCGCGAACAGAUGAAGUACAUCAACGAGCACUCCUUCAACAACUUCCAGAUGAAGAUUGGACUAAAUAUUGGACCAGUGGUAGCUGGAGUUAUUGGAGCAAGGAAGCCCCAGUAUGACAUCUGGGGGAACACAGUAAAUGUGGCCAGUCGUAUGGACAGCACGGGGGUACCAGAUCGCAUUCAGGUGACCACAGACCUGCACCAGGUGUUGGCGGGUAAAGGCUACCAGUUGGAGUGCCGUGGGGUCAUAAAGGUCAAAGGCAAAGGGGAGAUGAACACGUAUUUCCUGAACGAUGGCCCGCCCAGCAGUUAGCAGUGUGCCAGCGCUCCUCUGAGUCCCACACUUUUACGUCUCCAGCUGGAUCGUAGAGGAAGGUCACACAGGACAAACUGCAGUCAAACAAGUAGCCAUGCCAUCACUUGAAGUAAGAAUACACAUACAUACGAAAAAAAUGAAGUAAGAAGUGAGAGAAAAAUGACCUCCAGGAUGGGGAGCGGUCACGCGACAGUCCCGCUGAUUGGCUGUUCGCUCUGAAGGACGAUUGUUUCCGUCUUUAAGCCUCUUUCUCAGGCUACUUGAAAGAUGCAAAGUCUGUUUAUUUAAUAAAGGCCUUUUGUCGCCGAUGAAAAACGCUGUACAUAAGGCAUUUUCUCCUCUUCUUUUUAUUAUUUUUCGUGCACCUUUUUUUCCCCCCUCUGUUAUUUUAUUAUUAUUUCAGGAGAAUAUAAAUGCAGGUACUGAUUCUGAUUUGUUUAUGAUUUGGUUAUUUAUUUGAAUCUCUUAACGUUUUGUGCAAAAAGUCCUUUAUUAUGAGAAACAGUGUGAAACAUGCAGACACAUCUAUACCGUACACGCGAAUGUACGUCUGUAUAUUUGUGUGUGUACAAAUUUACAGUAUAUGUAUAAAUAUUGAAGAGAAAUAUUGACCAAAGACCAAAGUAUUUAAUAGAAAAGGUUGCGGAGAAGACGAGAAGUUUAUGAAUAGUGUCUGUCUCUGAAGGCCUCGCCCCCUUUUUUCCAGUUUGGAAGAGAAUGGGAGGAGCACGGGAUCACAUGAUCAUGUGAUCAACAAAAAAGGAAGCGGAAGGGAAGCGAUUGGUCAGUGGUUGCAUCAGGCUGAUGAUACACAGUUCUCGCAGGUGUUGAUGAUCUUUUGAGUUCGUGAUUUUUUUUUUUUUUUUUUUUCUUUUUUUCUACUCUUCACGUAUAAUGAAGGAUUGGAUUGGAUUGGAUUGGGUGGAGUCGUCCAGAAAAGGCCUGACUUUUGGACUAAACUCUUGAAGAAGGAAGGAAGGAUGAAGGAAGUAUCUCAGUGUUCGUGAGGGACGAGACCAUCACCUGAGAGAAUUAAGUAUUGUUUCCUUCGUUCCGUCAGUCGUCUCUUCUUUUUCAAAGAAGUAUUUUUUGGUACAAAACACAAUAAAAAGGAAAAAAGGGGAUUUUUUUUUUUUUUUUUAAAGAUUUUUGUGGGGAAGGCACUGUCGGAAAGCCACGGCAUUGGAUACCACGGUACCACCAGAUUUACCCGUUUACUGUGUUCACAACAGGGAGACUUUUGUUUUGUUUUUUCUUUGUUUUUUGUUUUUAAAGAAAGAGAGUAAGAGAAUGAAAGAGAGAAAUAUAUCCAUAAUAUAAAUUAUGACUGAAUACUGUGCUUUGUAAUCUUGAAGGGGCAUAACUCUUUUCACUGUGAGGUUUCUAUGAUAUGACAAACUGCUUUUCUUGCCAAACCUAAACUGCUCUGACGCAUGUCUGAUUGUGGUUCUGAAUCUUCUCGACGAUUUUUUGUUUUAUUUUAUAUAUUUUUCUUUUCUCGUUUGUUUCUCUGAAGUUUCAGUUUUGGUAUUUUGUAUCACCUGUGUAUUCACACCGUUUUUAUUAUUCCUAUUAUAUGGUUGUUAUUAAUAUGCAUUAUUUGAUUAUGAUUCCAUUCCAGUUUAGCAGAGCGAAGAAGGUGUAAGAAAUGAGCUAUGGGAACAUUGGGGCCAGCCGGUACCGAACAGUGAUGUGAAGUCGGGUCAGCUGAACAGUGUUCACUGUGGUGCCCCUUCAUUCCACUAAUGCCCUUCAGAGCCACGUGGUUCUUUAACACGUUCUAGGGUCGUGUGUCACUCGUGCGAGAAUUACAUGGUGGGUUUGUUUGAUGUUCUAUAAUUUUUGCACUGGAUCUGUACGGGAAUUUUGACGCUGUUGUAACAAAAUCUUACGAAACGUACGAAAUGGUGACUCUACGCAAGAAGCAAAAAAAUAUGUUUAAUCUUAACAUAAGCUCACAAGACAAAAAAAAGUCACAGGCAUAAUUGAUUUAUUAAUAAUCCGGAUGAACCAAAAUUAUUUUUUUUUAGCUGAAAAAAAAUAUUUAAUUUGACUAUUACUGAUAAUACUGAAUCUCUUUCACGGACACACAUUUGGUUUUUUUUAUUAAAUUGUCCACAUUUUUUUGCAGUUAAAUCAAAUUUUAAAAACUGUUUAAAAAAAAAAUCCUAUUUCCCCCCGUGGCCCUACCACUUAUGCCCUACCCCUCUGUUUGGCAAGGGCUGUAAGAACCACUGGCAAGAUGGCGGCACAAGUGACCAAAGAAAUCACUAUAUUAGUUACAAUAGAUUUAUGAAAAGCUUUAAAAAAGAACCCGUAAUAGUUCAUCUCAGUAUACAGCUAGCUAAUUUUCCUGUUCCACUUUAAAUGGUGCAACAGACAGCAGAGGCUACAGCUUUUAAGGUGGAACAGAAAAAAAUAAAGAAAAUAAAAGUUAAUAAAAGCUAAUUUCAGCUCCCCAUCACAAAGGAAUUAAGGAAUGGACAAUAAUAAUUAAUUGCUGCACCUCCUUCCUAUUUUCUGAAGACAUACGGCGCCCUAAAGUUAACUCAUUAACCAGCAGCUAGGUUACUGAACUUUAUAUCUGUGUGUAAUCAUAUACAGAAAAAGAAACUAUGCAUGUGACUAUUUUCAGUCAGGUGAGCUUAAUGUUAACUUAAUGUACGAACAUUUCAUUUACAUCAUUUUGGGACCAUUUCCGUUUUUCAUUCUGAAGUGUUCACACAGUGUUCACAAGGGCAGCUGGUGUUUUUAUUUGUAUUUAUUGUUUUCGAAUAGCGCAAAAUGUGACGCAAAAAUAUUUAAUACGCUGUUAUUAGUGUUAGAUACACUGACCAAGCUUAACAGUAUGACCACUUCCUUUUUUCUACUCCCAUCUUGUCCCCCCCCCUCCAUCUUCGCUGAUCAUAUAGAACAUUUUAUAGUUCUAUAACUACAACAGACUGUAGUCCUGUAUGUUACUUUGUAUGUAUACUUUAUUAUUAUUAUCUUCCUUUCACUCUGUUCUUCAAUGGUUAGGAACCCACAGAACCUCAAACAAACACAUUGUGUUAUUAGUGUGUGGUGUUGAAACGAGUGGAUCAGAUACAGCAGUGCUGCUGGAGUUUUUAAACACUGUGUCUACUUACUGCAGUCGACUCUCUUAAUUAUCUGCACCACCAUGUAUGGUUGAUGUAAAGUCAGAGACAGAAGCUUACUGUAUCUGUUGGGUCAGCGUUUAUUAAUUUAAUCUUCUGACCGUUUAAAGCUAAAUGCAAAAUUAGAAAAUUGUUUUUUCUUUUUUUUAUGUAGUUAUUAUUGACAUCAUAUAAGUGUUAGACAAAAAAUGUCAUAUCUGAAAAUCGAGAGAUUUAACUUAAAAUUUUUCUUAAAAUUUUGUUUGCGAAAGGCUGAAAUAAAAAACUAAAUAAUUGAAAAAUUGAUUGGGGCCCCAAGUGGUCCAGCGGGCUAAGCGCUGCCAUUAUAAUCAGGAGACGCCGGUUCGAAUCCUGUUCAUGUAUCAGCUGCCAGAGCCCUGAGAGAGCACAAUUGGUUUUGCUCUCUCUGGGCGGGUAGAUGGCGCUCUAUUGGCCAACUGGGUUAUUAGCCAUGUAAUUGGGGAGAAAAUAAUAAAAAAAAAAGAAAAUAAUAAUAAUAAUAAUUGAAAAUUGGGUGAAAAAAAGCAUUUCAUUUUCUCUAUACUAAAUGGAAAAAAUUAAUUAUGAAGUUUUAUGACCCUGUUGCUGCACAGUUCGUGUUGGUCAUCCUCUAGUUCUUAAUCAGUGGUCCCUGGAUGCCACCCAUAGUGCACUUUUUGUGCACUAUUCUCAAGCCAGCAGUAAUACUGAGGUGUUUAAAAACUCCAGCAGCACUGCUGUGUCUGAUCCACUCGUACUAUUAACACAAUCUACUAACACACCACCAUCCUGUCAGUGUUAAUCACUGCAGUGCUGAGAAUGCUCCAGCAACCAAAUAAUAGCUGACCUGUGGUGGUCUGUUUGUGGCAUCCUGACCAUUGAAGAACAGAAUAAAAGGAGGAUAAUAUAAAAAGUAUACAGAGAAACAGAUACAGGAUUACAGACUGUAAUUACGUUUAUACAAAGUGUUCUAUAUGAUCAGUGGAGCUGAGUGGGUGUAGAAACAAGAAAUUGGUUAUGAUGUUCUGCUUGAUGGGUGUAUGUUACGUACGUACGUAACGUCCCUUCACAAUGUGGCAUCAAGCCUUUGCAGGCCAAUCGGCAGCUCUGCCAUCCACCUGAUCUAACAGUGGGUUUCCACACAGACUCCCCCUCCCUCUCUACUGCUGGUAUGCAGUACGCAGUAUAGUGCAUUUGCCUUAACUGAACAAAACUUAAGUGUAUAUUUACAGUGCCUCUGUCUCGCGUCCACAUUACGAAAAACAUUAGGAACCCGAGGCUCCUUCCAGGUUCAUCUCUGACAAAAUGCCAUUUCCACUGUUCAGACCAUCGUUAAUUUAUUCCAGAGUAUUAAUAACCUGCAUGAUGACAGCCCAAUCCGUGUCUUUCUCCUGCUGAAUAUUCCUUACUUGCUUAUAUUUCGAAUAAAACUGCCAUGGUAGUAGCACUGGUUCAUUGCAUACGUUGCAUAUGUUGGUUGAUCACGUUUCUAACCAGAAGCAGUUUUUUUUAUUAUUGUUUUUAUUAUUAUUGGUUUUGGUUCAUUUUUUAUUUUAAAUUUUUGUUCAUUUUUAAUUUGGGCCCUCCACGUUCUGUAAUGGAGUCAGGAUGAAUAUAAAUAAAGGUGCACAUGAGGGGAGCAGGCAGUGUUGGACGAGUUUUGGGAAAGAAAAAGUGUAUUUUAAAGCCGUAUUUUAGUACUACUGACUCUCACACUGGGGCCUGUGUGCCAGGAUCAGGCCUGAUGACUCCUGAUCGCUCUGUUUAUUUCUGUUCCGUUUAAUUAUAUGUUUGCUGUUCUGUUGUUUAUUUUCCCCUUUAGUUAAAAGGACUGCAGAAGGGACUAGCUUUUCAACAUGCAAUGGAAAGACUGAUGAAUAUAGAAUUAACUUUCCCCUCCUACAAAAUAAAGAAUAAUGUCUGUUUUAA